AUGCAGAGUGAGCAAACAGAAGAAGCUAACAGUAAUUGACAUUAAGAUUAUAACUACCACCGUCACAGUGCUCGGAAAAACAUCAUAUACUUCCGCUGCUCAGACAAACGAUGCCCAGCUAAAUUGCACUAUAACAUUUUAACGAAAGAAAUAACGUUAAAAAACCAGCACUUAAAUCCUUCUGAGCAUAAAAUCCCCAGAUCUAAACAGUCAAAAACUAUGGACCAAAUCAUUAACCAGCCACAAGAGAUUAUAAGCCAUACAAAUCACACUGAUUAUGAUUUGGAGUGCCAUGAAAGAUUUGAGCUCCCCAGAAAAAGAAAUAAAAACGAGCCACUUAUUAAUGGGCAUCAAAUGGCUUUAAUUAAAUUUUCGACUAUAUUUAUAUUAGCUAGCUUUAUUAAAAAACUAGCCUCUUAUCUGUAUAUUUAUGCAAAAAAUAAUAGGAAUUUGGUAGAAAAUGGGUAAUAAAUAGACAGAAAUGGAUUAAUGAAGAGAAUAAAUGUGAAGAAUUCCAACACAUAAUUUCAAGAAAAAGAAUAAUUAAAAAUAUGCAUAUUUUGGCUGAGAUUGGGAAAACAACAGAAAGAAUCAUAGAAAUUGAAUGCUUGGCUGAGGACAGAAUUAAAGUGCAAAAAAUCAUUACUCAGUUUUUCAAAGAUAGUACUCUAAAGACUUAUAAGCAAAUUUUCGAUAAUCUUUAA